AGUUUUUAACCUGAGAAUUCUAUCGAAGAUGGCAGCGACCAUGAAACUUAGGUUGUCUCCAAACUUUGUUCUUUCAAUUACCCGUUCUUUGCGACAAAGGUGGCCUGCAGCCAAAAGUUUCUCACUUUCUGCUAGCAUAUCAGCUAAAAGAGUGGAAGUCACUACUGAAGAUAACAAAACAGUGAUAGAAGGAAAGCCCUUGGAAUCAGAAGUGAAAUCUCCAGUUCGUAAAAUCCAAGCUGCCACAGGUUGCCCAUUAUGUGAAUUUCAAGACAAAUUAACAUACAGGGAUGUCCUGAUACUGCAUCAAUUUAUUUCGCCUGAUGGACGAAUUUUACCAAAACAUGUCACUGGAAUGUGCCACACAAUGCAGUGGAAACUCGAAAGAUUACUCUAUCAGUCGUAUUCUGCAGGUCUAUUGCCCAAUUACAAGCCAGACUUACCCAUUGGCGAGGACCCAAAGACAUAUGAGAAAAGCUACAAGUGGAGGAAAAACAAUGUGUAUUAUGAAGAUUUUAGUUUUGAAAACCCUUUGUGAUGUUGUAGUUUUGUUGUUGUUGUUGUUUUCUGGUGUGUGCCAGUGUCUGAGGAUAUGAGUGAAAGGUUUGCUACAUUUUUCAUGUCAUAUGAAAUAAUUUUUCAAUUCUAGUUCAAAUUUGUGAUUACUGUGAUUAAAAGACUGGAAAUUUUUGUCUGUGUAAUUUUUAUUUGUUUGCAUCAUUUACUGGUAUACCAGUACUUGUACUUUCUUUCCUUUUUAGAAGCGGUCAAUGAAGACUCGCGACCCCAGUGCUUUCUUGUUGUAUCUCCAUUUUUAAUAACAGUGAAAACAGUUCAUAACAAAGUGAGCUAAAGAAAAUGUCACGUUUUCGCUGUUAAAAAUGGAAAUACGACAAGAAAGCACUGAGGUUGCGUACUGGUCUUUAUGUAGUUUUGAUUUUAAUGAUAACAAUAAAAGUGGACACAUUUUGUAGAGCAUUUUCUCUGCAAGAGUGAUCUAUGUGCUUUACCGCAAAAA